GUAUCCAUUCGCGGCGACCACCCAGCCCGCGGACGUGGGACCGGUUUUCACUCUCAAAAACACGUCGAUACGCCUUAAAUAUUAGAUUAAUAACCGAAUAAGUAUCUAAAAUCCCUCAGUUUAUGUAUACGUGAAUAGAAAAAUGUAAUAAACAUUCAGGGAACGUGAUAAACCGACCGCGUUGACUCUAAACACCAUAACGUGACUUGUCACGGGGAAAAUGCUCUGAUAUUCGCCUGUACCUCGACAAUACACUAAAAUCAUGUGAAAUUACGUUAAUACAGACUUAUUGAUAAAUUGUGAUAUUAUUAAUUUAGAUGUUCCAAGUGUUCAGUUCGUGAAGAGUGAGAAUCAAAAAUAAUGAUGGCCGAUUUACUAUCUCCGGGUUAGAUUUAAAUAAAGAAUGUGGAAAAUAAUAAAAAUGAAUAAUUGUUUAAAAAGUGGGCUGUGUUUGAAGUGGCGUUGGCGUAAACGUUGGCAUGAAAUUAAAAAAAUAUUCAUUGAUUCGUACGACGGGGGCGUGAAUGAGUCUUUUUCAUAGCUAUUUUGUGUUUAGACAUAGUAAAUAGUUUAAUAAUAAAUCAAAAUGAAUACUUUUAACGCACCUACCACGCAGAUAAAUGCGAUUGAUAAAAUGACAACAGUGAAAUGCAAAUCUGUUGAUUUAGAGGGAUAUGUUAUCAUCGUAGUGCAAACUAAGGAUAAUAAGAUUAAAUUAUAUGGUUCGCCAUCAGCUGGUAAUUGGGAUAACCUGGAGUUAGCAGACGAGAUCAUGGAUGUGAACGAGACUCGCCUCGAAGACAUGUCGAGGGCGGAGGUGCUGGGUCAUAUUCAUGAGUGCAUUUCAUCGUGUGUCAUCAAACUGCGUGUGAAACGAAGGAGUGAGACCAAAUUACUAUCGGAUAUCGGGCACAAUAUAAUCCAGGAUGCGUUCCUCAUUGCCGUGGAGGAGCAGGCGCGGCAGCGCUUGCAGCGGCUCUCGGCCCUCAAGCGGAUCACGCCUGUUGACAUGUCCAAACUCUCUGUAGAGCUAAACCGCAGAAAACGAACUCAGCCAGAAAACAGACAAGAGCUAAACGGCUACAUAGCAAACUCGACCGUAUACGUCACAUCGAUCAACGAGAACGGAGCGAUCGAGAGCAAGCCGACCAUAUCUUCCCCGAAAGCCCAACCCAAAUCCCUCCAGGCGAAGCCAGCCCCAGUCAUAGCUAACGGAAUCGACAAAAAGAAAGACAUAAUAAAAGAAGAAGAUAAAGUGGAACCAGAGAAACACGAAGUUGACGCGAGUGAAAAGGUUAAAGUGGUUUGUGAGAGUGAUAGUGGAGUGGUAGUGGAUAGGGAUAUUAGUGACGCGUAUAGUGUGGCUAGGGAGCACCUGAACAACGGCAGGAGUGAGAAACUGAUUGGGGAACAGCCUGACCAUAGGAUCAGAGCUACCGCCAUCGUCGAGAACAAUAAGCUUGGACCUGGAGAGAACCGGCCGCGCAGACGAUCGGGGUCCAGCAUAGUGGUCCUAGGAGCCGAGGAGGAGAAGCGACCGCCCCCGGAUGACGACAAAGACAUGCUCACGAUGCUCUCACUCACUUCUGAUACCGGUCCCCACCGCGAGAUGGCGGUGGACGUUCCGGACAGUUUCAUCGCGAGGAACAAAACGCCUCCCCGCUACCCGCCCCCGCGGCCCCCGCAGGUACGCCUCCGGACAUCCAGGGACGAUGAGCCUCUCCUCUCCUCCGGUGGCUCGGGCACCAGCUUUGGCAGCAAGCAAAGCACAGUCCUGCACACUAUCGACAUCUCCACGCCCAGCUCCGACGGGUCGGGCAGCUUCAAGAACAACAGCACCAUAGAAUUGCUGUCCCUCCCACAAAGCUCCGAUGGCUCCGGCAGCUUCGGCAGCAAGAAAAGCAAAGGGUCCUCAGAAACAGCCAAAUGUGGAGACCUUAACUCGGAACGAUCCGAUUCCGUGGCCUCAAACACCACUCACAAUUUGAGUGACCACAAAAUCCAGCUCUUAAUAUCAAACGGCGAGGAUUCUUUGAUAGAUUGCAGAGAGGGAGUCACAUACUCGGCACGGACAGAUUCCGUGUUGAUCAGGGAGGCUGUGUACGCGUCGUACAAGCUUCCCCCUGGCUUUGACACGACGCCAGUGCUCCUCGGGCGGGAGGUGGCCGUGGAUGUUCCUGAUACGUUUGUCCAAAUUGUGAAAACGACACCUAAGUACCCGGGUACCGCUACCGUGGACAGAAAGAGCGUGGCGUUCCAGCAGGUGAACGGGACGGCGAAGACGGUGGCGCCAGCGGUGCCCCCUCGCGACACCGCGCGGGAUGCACCGCCGCGCCCACCGGCACACGACAACGUCAGCAAGGAACAGAUGGACUCCAUCAAGAAGUACCAGGAACAGCUCCGACAACGCAAAGAGGCUGAGGAGAGGAUCGCAGCACAGAACGAGUUCCUCCGUAACUCUUUACGAGGGUCCCACAAGCUACAGGCCUUGGAAUCGAACCCCCCAUCGUCCGGCACUGCUUUCGUCAACGAUGCUUAUGAAGAUGACGUCAGCGACGACUCCACACAGCUCUACGCUGUUGUCGACUACCAGGAAGUAUGUGCAGCACUCACUCGCGUCCAGAAGGCGCUGGGAGCGAGCGGGGAGUCGGCGUUGGCGGCGCGGGUGGCGGGCGCGGCGGGCGCGUUGCUGUGCCCUGCGCUGCGCACGGCCCUGGCCACCCGGUCCGCCGUGCUCACCGCGGUCCGGCACAAGAGGCCCGGCCUAGCCCCGCCUCACACACACCGCGCGACCGAUAGGUUGAAAGACUGCAUGGACGUACUAGGAGCGCAUACAUCAACAGGCAGUGAAUCGUCGGCGCUGGCGGCGGAGCUGCUGUCGAUCCUGGGCGGGCUGGAGCUCGAGAGCCUGAUCCAGGCGCACGACCAGGCGGCCGCGCUGCUCGACCCCGCCUGCUUUAACAGGGGCAAGAGGCAUAAGACUGGUAACAACUUCAAUCACAAGGGUGAAAACGACAAAGCGUUGACGGCACACUCACCCGACGACCCCAGCGAACAUAUUAAAAUUAUCAAAAUCGAGAAGACUAACGAACCACUUGGUGCUACUGUAAGAAACGAAGGUGAAGCUGUAAUAAUCGGAAGGAUAGUGAGGGGCGGAGCGGCGGAGAAGUCAGGACUGUUACAUGAAGGAGAUGAGUUACUGGAGGUAAACGGCGUGGCGAUGCGCGGCAAGUCUGUGCACGAGGUGUGCCAGGUGCUGGGCGCGCUGUCGGGCACGCUGUGCGUGGUGCUGGCGCCGCGCCGGGCCGCCGCGCGCGCGCCGCCCUCGCACCGCGUGCUGCACGUGCGCGCGCACUUCGACUACGACCCCGAGGACGACGUCUACAUCCCCUGUCGGGAGCUCGGUAUAAGUUUCCAAAAAGGCGAUGUUCUUCACGUAAUCAGCCGCGAGGACCCGAACUGGUGGCAAGCAUUCCGUGAGGGAGAAGAGGACCAGACCCUCGCUGGACUCAUUCCUAGCCAGGCGUUCCAACACCAGCGAGAAUCAAUGAAGCUCACGUUAGCGGGCGAGGUGGCGGCCAGAGACAAGCCACGCAAGGGUGGUACUCUGCUCUGUGCGAAGAAGCCACCACGUAAGAAGAAGGGCAAGAAGGCCACCAGUGAGGCUGGAUACCCGCUGUACUCCACGUCUGGUGGGGAUGUAAGGUUAAAUCUUCCAGAAUACGAGCAAGAGGAGAUCCUGACGUACGAAGAGGUCGCGUUGUACUACCCUCGCGCGUCCCACAAGCGGCCCAUCGUCCUCAUCGGGCCGCCCAACAUCGGCCGACACGAACUGCGGCAGAGGCUCAUGGAGGACAGCUCGCGAUUCGCUGCUGCUGUGCCACACACGUCACGUCCCCGCAAAGACCACGAGGUGCCCGGCCAGGACUACCACUUCAUUUCGCGCACACAGUUCGAGGCAGACAUCCUCAACAGGAAGUUUGUCGAGCACGGAGAGUACGAGAAGGCGUAUUACGGUACGUCGCUAGAGGCAAUCCGUGAAGUAGUGAAUUCAGGGAAGAUCUGCGUACUGAACCUACACCCUCAGUCGCUGAAGAUCCUCCGGAAUUCCGACCUGAAGCCUUACACCGUGUUCGUAGCACCUCCCAGCCUCGAGAAACUUAGGCAGAAGAAGAUCAGAAAUGGAGAGGCUUUCAAGGAAGAAGAAUUAAAAGAGAUAAUCGCAACCGCACGGGACAUGGAACUGCGAUGGGGCCACCUGUUCGACAUGAUAAUCAUAAACAACGACACCCAACGUGCCUACCAACAACUGCUGAACGAGAUCAACAGCCUGGAGCGCGAGCCGCAGUGGGUGCCGGCGCACUGGCUCAAGCACACCUAGCGACCGACGCCGCCCGCGGCCCGCCCGCGCCCCGCGCCCGCGCCCCCGCGCCCCGCGCGCCCCCGCGCCCCUCGCGCCCCCAGCACUGCCGCGCCCCUCCGCCCUGACUCCGCUGCUCCUGAUGUUUGAUAUCAUCACGCAAAUGGUUUUACAUUUGCUCGUCUACUUCCUCGACGUUUGCGACGUCACAAAGAAAUUCAAAUGGAAAUCGGAUAUGAGAGCACUCGGUAGUGAUAGAGAGGCAUGUAGAGAGACGGACACGUUCUCAGCCCGUAACGAUGUAGAUGAAAAUAUAGAAUUUAGAAAUGUGUUCCCGAAGUCUUGUUUAGUUGAAAUUGAAUAUUUAAAUAAAAACGAUAAUCCGAGAUGUUUUACGUUACUAUGACUCGGUCCCAGCACCGAGUCGUGUUUACAGGACGAGUGUAUUGAAUCGUUUCAGACAUCACUUUAGUUUAGUUACGAAUUAUUUCAAAAUACGAUAAGUGUUACAAGUGAGGUGCGACUACUUAUGAAGACGAGUGUGGAGGUGGUGUUAUGAAAUCAAAAUGAGAGAAAUAAAAUAAUAUUUAUUAAUUAAAUUCGAUAGACCACGAAAUUCGUACGUUUUAGUCGUAUUAUUGAUGAACUCUUCGUUAUAAAUUAAAUAAAUAUUGGCAAUAAAUCUCUAUCUGAUGUUAAUGAUAUGUUUGUGCAUAAUUUACAUACUUAUAGUGUUUAUCUACAAUAAAAGAGCGAGUUUAUCUUAUAAAGUCCAUAGAGAGAUUGGUUUAUUAAAUUUUUAACAAAAUAUACUGCCUUAUUCGUGGGUGUUACGUCAUUUUAAACUUCUAAGUAAUUGUUUGUUAAAAUUAGAAACGAAGCAAGGUUAGUGUUAUCUUUGUUUCUUAUUUUAAUAAUAUUUAGAAAUAGUUAUUAUAAUAAAUGACCCCGAGAGUCAGUCAUUAAAUCCUUCGGUAGUUUAGACAUUUAUAUAUAAAAUUCGAAAUAAUAUUUUCAAGUUUUGUCCUGACUGACUCGGCCACGCACGCCCCAAACUUUUCAACCUAAACAUUAUGAGUGUAUUUAAGCGCCAAUAAUUAAAUAUUAUAAAUUAAAGUUCCCCUCUUUGAAUAAAGGCAUGUUUAUAUAUUUUAUUGCUUGAUAUUAUCAUUUAUAGAAUUCCGUGUAUUUGGAAUCUUUAUAUUUACUUGUAUAUUUUAAAUAAAUAUCUACGAUUAUAGCUUCUACGUCAGUUACAAAUGCUGGGUUUAAAGAAAUUGUUAGGGGUUUACUUUCUUCUACGAAUCUAUAAACAUUCCAAAGUGAUUAUAGAAUACAUUCCUUUAGUACUUACUUAGUAUUAAUAUUAUAAAGAAUUAUUAUAUUAUUGUGAAGACUGUCCAUAUAACACGUUUUAUUAUUUCUUUGCUCUCCUGUUCACUUUGUGUUGUACUUAAUUUUCAAUUCUUGUACUUAAUUACAUCGUCAAAAAUAUUUGUGAUUCAUAAAAGUAAAGCGCGCGUAUUGCCAGUCCGAAUAAAUAAUGUUAAGCAUAUAUAAAAAUUACUAAGAUUGUUAAAAGAAAUUCUAAAAUACUACACCAACAAUAAUGCAAUGGAAUUUAUAGUUUGCAAUGAAUAAAAUAGAUAGUUAAUAAAUACGAUGAUAAAACAAUAAAAUAUUUCUCUAAAAUGCCAAAUUUAUACGGUACGUAGAUAUUAAAAAAUAGAAUUUUUUGAAAAAUUUCUCCUGUAGUCUUCUUGUGGAUUUCUCUAUAAAGAAACGACUCGAUGGUAGGACGUUAAUAGUUACAAUAAAACCAAUUAAAAUUAACACUGCUAUUAUAGUGAGUAGAAAAGCAAUAUUUUAUAUCCGUAUAAUCAAUUUACCUACUGUACAACGACAUAUCUGUUUUUAUAGUAUACCUAUUUCAAUUAAUAUUUUCGGCCAUUAAAAUUAUUCUUUUUGGCAAAUUUACCCAUUUAACGUAUACCUACCUAUAGAUAAAAUAAUAUUAGAGUGAAUAUUCUCGAUCUGGGAGUGUUUAUUACGCUUAAAUGGUACUUAUUGAGGUGUAACCAGAAAAUAUUAAUAAUUUACACAUUCAUGUGGGAACAUGGGCGUAUAGUGUAACAUAAAACUCCAAGCCUAUCUUAUUUCUAUACGACGGAGGAAAUAAGCGUGGCUUACUAUAUAGGGCUACAAUUUACUGCAGUGCUUAAAUGAUGUCGCUUCAAAAUGUAUUACAAGACAAUAAUAACCUAGGGUCAGGGUAAUGUGCUACCGUCUACCAGAAAUCGUGUCGCUACCAUUAGUCCUACUGAAAAUGAAACAUGCAAUAUAAAAGACUAGAGAUGUAGCAGUUUGGUUAAGUUGCAGCUAAAACAAAAGGUACAAAAUUGGAAAGACAGGAUAGGUUUACUUCUUACUUAUAAUAGGUAGUAUUAAUAUUAUCUGGUUACGAAUAUAGCAGCGGUAUAGCUCAUUCCAAUACAAAUUAUUGUACGAAAACAAUAUUCUAAAUAAAUCUUGAUUAAUUAGUUCCGUUAAUAUUUGUAUAUCUAUGUAGAUAGACAUGUGCAUCCAAAUAAUUUAGUGCCAAAUAUAUAAGGCCACGAGUAACUGUGGAUUUAAUAUUCAUUUAACGUAAUCACAAUUUUUAAAUGUUAUGUUAUGUUAUAUGUCAUGUAUGAUGUAGGUAUUCUUCUUUACCAUUUUCGAUUGUGUUACUCGUAUGUGUACUGAUUUUGAGACGUUGUGUCAUAUGAAGUUUUUUUAUUCAUAUCGUGAAGUUGCGUUAGUUGUGUAAGUUAUUUCGUAUUUGAAUAAAAUAUACAUCAGUUGUUUGUAACCUGUGGAGGUGCUAAAACUUGUAAACUAUAAUUUGUUUUUCUUUUUAUAUAAAUUCUGUGUGAUUUUUAAGUUAUUGUUUUAAAUUAUUAUGAGCACAAACAAUGUUUGGAGUGUACUUAGGCAUUAUAAUUCCCAUCAAAGAACAAUGAUCCAAAUAUUCUUCAUGCUCAUAAUAAGAAAUUGUGGAUUUGUCGAACUUCACAGUAUUGAUAUUAUCUUAUUUAUAAAUAGCCAUGUAUAUAAUUUAUUAACAACCGAGGAAAUGAUAAAGAUAUAAAUAAAUAACAUGUUAAUAGUGAACAAUUUAUUGUAAAUAAUAGAAUACCUAUUAAAUUUAAUAUCAGAUAAA